ACUUUCCCCGUCAAACUACACAUAUCUCAGGUCCUCCCUCGGUAGAGCCCGGCUUUUGGUGCUCAAAACUCUCCGCACGUUUUAUCUUCUUCUUCUUCUUCUUCCUCACACACAUGAAAAUGGGUUUUUGAAUCUUUUCCGGAUCAGUUUACCAAUCUCCUCCAAACCCAUAUCACAGUUUUCUCUCCCACCCUUUGGCGCUCACCUUAAUCCCCUGUUUUUCUUCCUAGGACCGUAAAUUUCCAAGACUUUCAUGUUUUUCAAAGCCUUGGAGAUCAAUCGUUUUCUAGAAUUCAAAGUUGUUUAUGAUAUUCUUUUUUGACGGCUGAGACUUUCAAUUUGUUGGCUUUGUCAGGUUUGAAUCUUUAUUGCUUCUUUGUUGCAGAUAAAACGUCAAACUUGUCAGUAACUUUUUUUUCCUCCAAAUCUGUUUUUUUCUGAUACCCUUUUAAAUUCAGAGUAUUGGGUUUCAACUGUCAAUCAUUUUGGCUCUGUUUAAGGUUCAAGAAAUGGUUAUUGAUCUCUUCUCGGAAAGUUCGAGUAUGGGUACGAGUCCUAGAAUUUCAUUUUCUCAUGAUUUCUGCCAAUCCGAUAUCGUCCCUGUUGAACACCAUCCUCUCCGGUCAAACUCCUCCGGUUUGAGUAAUUCGAGCAUCGAUUUCGACUUCUGUGUUCGUGAUCGUGAGGGCUUCGAUCAAGAAUCUUCGUCUGCGGACGAGCUUUUCUCCGAUGGGAAAAUUCUUCCUACCCAAAUCAAGAAAAAGGUGAUCACUACCGCAAAGCAAAUGGAUCAUCAAUGUGGCAGCUCUCAUCAUCCACCAUUGCCACUGCCACUGCCACGUACUACUAGCGGCAAAAGUUCAAAGCAAGAGAGCUCCAAAGAAAAUUCCAAGUCUUUUUGGCGGUUCACGCGGAGCAGUAGCUGUGGGAGUGGAUAUGGGAGGAGCUUAUGCCCUUUGCCACCGCUUUUGUCGCGGAGCAAUUCAACUGGGUCGGCAGUUAAUUCUAGGCAGAGUUCUCAAAAGCAUGCAUCAAUGAAAGCAUCACAAUCUUCGGCAUCCACGGGUUAUCCAAAGCCUCCAUUGAAGAAGGGUACUCAUGGAUCGUAUGGGAAUGGUGUUCGGAUUAGUCCUGUAUUGAAUGUUCCUUCAGCGAAUUUAUUUGGGUUAGGCUCAAUCUUCUCAUCCAGUGGCAAAGAUAAGAACAAGAAGAAGUGAUUAACUUUUGCUGAUCUAAUGAUUUUGAUUAUCAUUUCAAUUUUUACCAUAUGUUUCUUGAUAUGUCAUUGGAUUAAGAAAUUUAAAUAUAUCUGGAAUUAAUGGGGUAUGAAAAAGACAGAAAUAAAGAGGUGGAUUGUGGAGGGGACAAGGAAUGGCAUUAUUCAAGGGCACAUGCUUUGGAGCACAAAAUGACAGAAAGAGCGAAAAGGACGAAGAUUAGGUGGUUGGUUGUAUGCGAUGAGGAGUGUUUCAAAUGUUAUUAAAUUUUGAUUUGGAGAGAGAUUAUGAAAUAAUAUUGAUUUGUUUUCUAGUAUUGUACUUUGUAUGAACUGAUGAUUGAUGUAUUAAUAAUAAUGACUCUUUUUUUUUU